AUGUCGAACAAUGCAACGGCAUACGCAACUCCGCCGGCGAAAUCCAUCUCAAGAUCCUCGAAAACAACCUUCCACUUCGGCGCCGGCCUCCUCUCGGGCCUCACAUCCUCAAUCCUCCUCCAACCCGCGGACCUCCUCAAAACCCGCGUUCAGCAGUCCCACAACAGCGCCUCCCUCGUCUCAACCGUCAAGACAAUACUUGCUUCUCCGAACCCAAUCCGCGGCUUAUGGCGUGGAACCCUCCCCUCUGCUCUCCGCACGGGCUUCGGCUCCGCUCUGUACUUCACAUCCCUCAACGCCCUGCGUCAAGGCUUCGCACAAAGACACGCGCCACUCGCCCUUGAAAACGCCCAAGGCGCCUCCUCGCCUCCUUCGUCCUCCUCCGCCCUCCCCAAGCUUUCAAACACAGCCAAUCUAGCCACAGGCGCUGCAGCGCGGGUCGCUGCAGGAUUCGUAAUGAUGCCCGUGACUGUCCUAAAAGUCCGGUAUGAGUCUGAUUACUACGCCUAUCGGAGUCUAUACGGAGCCGGUCGGGAUAUCGUCCGUACAGAGGGGAUACGCGGUCUCUUCUCCGGUUUCGGCGCGACGGCUGCGCGGGACGCACCAUAUGCUGGCCUUUACGUGCUUAUUUACGAGCAAUUAAAGCGCCAUCUUGCAUCUGCGACGAUUAUGCAGUCAUCAGACCCGGACCAGCGCCUGAAAUCCUCCUCUUCAUCCUCCAUCAAUUUCGUAUCUGGCGCGGUAGCAGCAGGUCUGGCAACCGCGAUCACCAACCCGUUCGACGCCGUCAAGACCCGGCUACAGCUGAUGCCGGGGAAGUACGGAAACAUGAUGCGGGCUGUACGGCUGAUGAUUCACGAAGAUGGCGUCCGGAGCCUAUUUGGUGGAUUGGGUUUGCGAAUCGGAAGGAAGGCGCUGAGUUCCGCGCUUGCGUGGACGGUGUACGAGGAACUUAUCCUCCGCGCUGAGACGCGGUGGGCGAAGACUGAGAUGGGGAUUUGA